AUGAUCAACGAGAACUAUGACCUCGAGGCGAAGCUGCUCGCACGCAACUGGUCCCUAACGGCAGUGAGCGGAUUAGUGCUUCUGGGCAGGAUCUAUUCGCGCCUAUGGAAACAACGGUUGGCCUUGUGGUGGGAUGACUGGAUCAUCGUAUUGACGUGGCUGCUCCUGCUCAUCACGUCCAUCUAUUCCAUCUUCCAGCUGCGCGGCUCCGGGGUGCCCGUGUCGGACCUCACGGCACAGGAAAGGACCGACUUCAUGUUUUGGACCCAGCUGGUUGCCACGAUCGCAGUCAUCACCAGUGCUUCGGCCAAGACGGGCUUCUGCGCAACGCUCAUCCGCGCCUCCACACCGCAAUUACUUCGGCAGAACCAGACGAGGAACAGUGGCUCAUGGAGCCAGAGUAGCGCCGAGACCGCACGACCGCAACGGAAAUGGAGGGAUAACAUGGGGAACUGGCAGUGGGGGAUGGACUGGCCAACGGGAGGGAGCAACCGAAAGGACAACAAGGAAAAGGAAAAGGAACAAUCGAAUUCGAAGUGGAGGGAUAGUUCGGGGAACUGGCAGUGGCCUAAAAAAGCCAAGAAUCGACAGCUACCAUCGAUGCCAAACCCUGCUGCCCCAGAAGAGCCUACAAGAAACUGGCGAGACUCUGCCGGUAACUGGCAGUGGGGGUUGAGCAUAAGGGGCCAGACGCGCCAGAUAUGGCUACGCUGGACAUCCUGGAUCGUUUUGGUCGCCGUAAAUAUCGUCUCACUGCUCGCUGGCGUCUUGAUAUGGACGCGCUGCAAUCCCAUCGCGAAGACGUACCGACCAGAUGUCUCCGGACAAUGCUUCAGUAACACUACCACCUCGGCAAUUUUCACCAGCAAUAACGCCUUCUCGGGGGCGAUGGAUCUUAUCCUUAGCGUGCUGCCCUUGCUGAUCCUUUGGGGAAAAGGGUUAACUCGGGGACAGAAGCUAGGCGUUACUGCAGCUGCUGCCUUUGUUAAAGCUGCCGAAACACAACUCAACAUGGACGGCGACCCAACCAUUACCGGCGCGAGCUACCUGGUUUGGGGGGCCGUCGAAUCGCACGUCAUCGUCAUCGCUGCUUCGCUCCCGUCACUUGGCUAUCUCAUCUGGCCACCACGUGAAGACGACCGCAUCGUCGUGCCAUCGACGCAGACGUGGCGCAUUCCGACGCCCGAGGGACUGCGUGAAGCCAUGGACCGGCCCGUGACCACAGCCGACCUGCUAUCGACAGGUCAAACGACGGUUCGCUGGGACUUGGACAAGGCGGGCAUGAUGCCUACCUACCCGAAGGUGGUGCCGGCUGAUAUUGAACGCACUGGAGAGGCUCCAUGGCCUCCAACGAGUAUGAUGGCGAGACCGAGACCGAAGUCGUCCAACGCCAUGCUACGGCCUCCGCCGGUGCCUGUCAAGGAUGCACGCAGGGACCAAAGGUCGAAAUCAAUGAUUUCAGGGAGUUCGGCCAAUGCCAUGUUUAUCUGA